GGCCCGAGUACCAAGCCUUUGACCCAUGAUUGUAGCCCUUAAGUUGGCCGAUUCUACCGGGUCUUUGGUCUGAUUCUGGUCCUCUUCUGGAUUCUAGAAUUCCCCAUGAGGAAGGGAGGUCCUUUUGUGUAUAAAGUCCAGGUCAGGGACGGUGUGGAGGCCUGGUAUUCGACACGCUUCGAUUGGCAUUGACCUUACAGUUCAGUAAAGAUGCAACUCACGAAAUUCGCUUUUGCCAUUGGGCUUUGGAGCUCAAUAGCCACUGCUCACCUUGCUGCUCGUCUUACGAUUGCCGCUCCAAAUCCGGAUAGUGUUGCUGAGCAGGCUUAUUGUCAAUGUGUUGGCACCGCCAGGCCCGACGAUGCGAUUCCCGAUGACCUGCCCAACAAGGAAGUAUCUGUAACAGCUUGCAAUGCUUACUCAGGCAUUCUAUUCGAUGUGGAUGGGUUUCCGCAGUGCCAAGGCAUAGACCCUACUGCGGUCUCUGGUAUCGCCGCGUUCUGCGCUUCAUACGGCGUAAUCGGUGCCAAAGGUGCAAGAUGCUGUACUGGAGGUCAGGCGUACAAAGACUGCGAUGUUGUCAUCGCGGGUCCCAACGAGCAAUAGGAGGAUCCGGCGGACUGCGAUCUCUGCUCUCGGUAUUCGGAUACUCCGUGCUUUCCACGGAAGAAAGAGAAGACUUGAUGAGAGACCAGGAGCGGGAUUGCGGAUCAGAUGACAGAUGAUUACUGUCCUUGUCGUUAAGGUAGGGAUGACAGCUCAAACCGAAACCUUAUCUGUUUGAUCGCUCUCGGGACUGGCUGAGCGCUCACCGAUUCGGCCCAUCAUCGUUGCUGUCGUUCUCAUCGAACUUUCGAAAGACAGGUGACAGCUGCACGAAGCAUGCCUUUUGCUGAUGUUUGACUUUGCAUCUUUUUGAAAGCGG